CGCGCUCUGGGCGUGGGCCAGGCCGAGCAAACGGCCCGCAAGCCCACCUUGUGCCCAAGGCCCGGUACCACGACGGUUUCAGCUACCUUGAAAUACCCCGCCUUGGCGCCCAACGGCCUCCGCCUCUCCUUCCCCCACCGUCUCGCCGGAGCCCCAAGAAACCAAGAACCCACCAUCCCCACCUCCGUCUCGCCUUCCUCUUCUCCCUCAACCGCCCCGCCGCCCACCUCCUCUGCUCUCCGGCGGUCCGGCCCCGGCGGCGACCGAUGGACCAGUUCCACGACGGGCAGCACGUGCGGCUGCGGAGCCGCGUGCUCGGCAAGUACCUCCACGCCGACGGCGACGUCCGCAGCGUCUCCCUCCGCGAGCGCCGCGCCUCGCUGAACCAGGCGUGGACGGUGCACAUCUACAACGGGGACGGCGUGUACCUGCUCCUCCACAGCGCCACCUACGGCCGCUACCUCGCCACCACGGCCAGGCGGGCGCCGCGGGGCCGCCGCGGCUUCCGCGUCGGUAUGAGCGACUACGACCAGCCGGAGGUGCAGGCCAUCAUGUGGCGGGCCGUCAGGUCCGGCUUCGGGGACGACGUCCUGCUCCGCGACUCAGGCCACCGCCACCUCCGCGCCAACGGCAAGUACCGCACCUGGAACACCGGCGUCACCGUCGAAGCCAGCCGCAGCGUCAGCUCCAUGAUGUACUGGAUCGUUGAGCCCAUCCCCGCCACAGAGGGCGUGCCUGGCUUCCCAGGCCCGAUUCAGAGCCCCCCGCCGACGAUUUUCUGGCCCGAGAUAGUGAUGUGGCGGCAGAUCCGGUACAUGGUGUCGGAGCCCGACGGCCCCGUCUACUCCCGGUACUGCUGGUCCACGUUCCAGUUCAGGGGGAGGUCCGUGUUCCACCUGAGGAACGAGAUGGCCAGGCGCACCCGCUUCAUCCUGGAAGGCCGUCAACCCUUCGACCUCGUAAUGUGCGUCCGAGCGGGCCGCCACGGGCGUCUGACCCCGCUCUUCGUCGACCUGCCCCGCGGCGACCAAUUACCGACCUUCUGGAUUGUCGUGUUCCUGUCCGGGACCCCAGCCUACAAUGCGCUGCGAUACCCGAAUGUUGACGCAGAGGCAGAGUAGAGCAAGACCAGAGCAGGAGUCCUGUCAGCUCACCUCUUCUGAAGUUUCGCCACCUCGGGCACAAUGACAUCAGAACUGGGCGCCUACUUUUGCAUGCAGAUAGAUAUAUAGGUUCAGAAAACUCAGCUGCUCUUAUGCUUCUUCUGCUAGCUAAACUUGCUCCGAUCUCCUGACAGGACAGGGAGAACCCCUGUCGGCCUGUUUUGGCCUCUCGUUCGUUUUGGAUGAUGGAUGGAUGCAUUUUGCGUUAAUGGAGAAUGCAGUGGUUCUUGCACUAAGAUGAUAGUCCUGUAUUUCUUUAGAUGGUGCAUUUCAUAUAUACAACAAAUGCAGUGGUUCUUGCAGCUGCGAUAUUGUUUUUCGUUGCGCCCAUUUUCAUUUUGUUUUUCAGUGUAAGGGUUCUUGAAAUGAGUCUAUGAUCCUGCAAUUUUUUUUGACGAUGUAUUUUGCUUGAGUGAAAAUGCAUUCUGCACUGUGUUCUUUUACACUAUGCAGUCGUUAUGAAUGAAAAAUGUAGCUGGUUUUUUCUGUGAGCUGGUGCUCGUAUAUAAUAAAAGUGCAGUUGGUUCUGC